AUGGGGCCCCAGCAGCAUCCGGCGGGGCCAUUGCAGCAGGGCAUGGGGCCCCGGGAGGAGGAGCCACGGCCCUGGGAGCAGCCUAUGGGACCCCUGCAGCGCCCGGCAGGGCCGUGGGAGCAGCCUAUGGGGCCCCAGCAGCAUCCGGCAGGGCCAUUUGCGCAGGGUAUGGGGCCCAGGCAGCGCCCGGAAGGGCCCUGGGAGCAGCCUAUGGGGCCCCCGCAGCGCCCGGAAGGGCCCUGGCAACAGCAGAUGGGGCCCCUGCAACAUCCGGCAGGGCCAUUUGCGCAGGGUACGGGGACCCGGCAGGAGCCAGGAAGUCCCUGGGAGCAGCCUAUCGGGCCCCAGCAGCAUCCGGGAGGGCCAUGGGACCAUCUUGUGGGGUUCCCGCAGCGUCCCGGCGGGCCUUCGCAGCAGGGGAUGGGGCCCCUGGGAAGGGGAAUAAAGGAGGCAGGGGGGUGGCAUCCGCAGGACACCGUCGACGGAGGCGACGACGAGGAUUUCUGGUACCCCGGGGAGGCACCUGGCGGGUUCGAAGAGGAAGAAGACAGUGUACCCAGUGACGAUACAAGUGGUGUGUUCCUUUGGGGGGGGGGUGCUCUUGGUGCAUCGGGAGAUGAGGGGGAGACCAGUGAUUAUGGCUCAACAGUAGGCGGUUUCCCUUGGCCAUUGCCAGGUAAGCAGGGGAUGAGGGGCCUCCUGCAGCAGCAGGCAGGCCCUUCACAGCACCCGAUGGGGCCCCUGCAGCAGCAGGCAGGACCCUUGCAGCAUCCAAUGGGGCCCCUGCAGCAGCCGGCAGGGCCCUGGCAGCAUCCCAUGGGGCCCCUGCAGCAGCAGGCAGGACCCUCGCAGCAUCCAGUUGCGCCCCCCUCGCAGCAUCCCAUGGGGCCCCUGCACCAGCCGGCAGGGCCCUCGCAGCAUCCAAUGGGGCCUUUGCAACAGACGGCAGGGCCCUCGCAGCAUCCCAUGGGGCCCCUGCAGCAGCCGUCAGGGCCCUCGCGGCGUCCCAUGGGGCCCCUGCACCAGCCGGCAGGGCCCUCGCAGCAUCCAAUGGGGCCCCUGCAGCAGCCGGCAGGGCCCUUGCAGCAUCCCAUGGGACCCCUGCAGCAGCCGGCAGGGCCCUCGCAGCAUCCCAUGGGGCCCCUGCAGCAGCCGGCAGGGCCCUUGCAGCAUCCAAUGGGGCCCCUGCAGCAGCCGGCAGGGCCCUUGCAGCACCCAAUGGGGCCACCGCAGCAGCCGGCAGGGCCCUUGCAGCACCCGAUGGGGCCCCUGCAGCAGCCGGCAGGGCCCUUGCAGCACCCGAUGGGGCCACCGCAGCAGCCGGCAGGGCCCUGGCAGCACCCGAUGGGGCCACCGCAGCAGCCCAGCUCACAGGGUUUUGCACCUCCCCAAGUAGGCCCCGCUGUAAGAGGGACAGACGACUCUAGGGGACCCAUGGGCACCCCAAGGUAUCCGCGUACAGCCCCGACGCAUUCAUCGCCACAUGGGGGGCAUCGCGGAGGCGGUGUUCCCCCACGACACGAAAGAGGAGACACCGGCCGCAGCGGACUGGGAGCCCCCAGAGGCACCGCCCCAGGCUCAGCUGUCUCUGCACCGCCAGACUCCUCGUCGCAUGCUGCAAAGGAUACAAGGGGCAGGGGAGGCAAGGGGGCAGAAGAGGAGACAGGAGACAAUCUCGACUUCUCAGAUUUAUCCCUACGACUGUCAGACCUUGUGGGGAGCCCAGCCCCUUCUCCAGCACCAACACCGCAACAGAGAGGAGGCAGGUGGGGGAUGCCACCAGGAGCCAGUGGACCUCAACCAGGAGGCAGUGGACACCGGAGGCGGCACACAUCAGCGCGAGGACAGACGGGGCAACAAAUGGGGGCUGCUGCUGUAACGGGGCCAAGGCGUGGAGACGAUGAUGACUUUCCUGGGAUGGGAGACAUCCUCGAGGGCCUAGAGAGACUUGUGGGAGGUUCUGGUCCCCGAAAGUAG